CGUAUCAAAAAUUGGCGGAGUCAGUUCUCAUCGAUGGAAUGGCAGUAUAACGUAAAUUGUGAUUCUUGUGUCACCAACUGGGAUGCCCAUUUAGCAUCCGACACAUUAACUGCUGAUGGACUCCUACAAUACUUUCUGUGGACCAAUCGAUCUUCUUGUCAGUUAUCCCAUGACUUUGGCGGUGUCAUGAUGAGUAACCCUUCAGGAUUGGCUGGACAGAAGGCCGUAUGUAUUGAUGCAAAAAUAGCGCCACAGCCUGGAAAAUGUCUUGUUUACUCUUUUGGAAUAGACAACGAGUGGUCUUUCGACGAAAACAUGGCACGCUACGGAUGUGAGGUGUUUGCUUUCGAUCCAUCAAUGGGGCUAAAUAAACAUAAUCAUACUCCCGGAAACGUACAUUUUUACAACUGGGGCCUAGGCGACCGCGAUGAGUAUGACAACCAUUUCAACUGGACAAUCCGUUCCCUCUCCUCUGUCUACGAAACACUUUCUCCCGUUCAUGGCAAAAAAAUUAUUGACUACUUGAAAAUCGACAUUGAAUACUCAGAGUGGAUAGCUCUGCCAGAUAUCAUAGCUUCGGGUAUGCUGUCUAAAAUCCGACAAAUGGGCAUGGAGAUCCAUUUAGAUAAUCAAGAUACCUUAGAACAACUUCGUGAACGGGCUAUGCUUUUGAGAUCGAUUGAGAAAAUGGGUAUGAUUCGCUUUGAUUCUGAAUAUAAUCCGUGGUUUGUCAGAAACUUCACGAAAUAUUCGUUAACAGGAUCUUUGGGUUAUGAGAUCGCUUGGUAUAAUACCCAGCUUUUACAUGUUCUCACUUGA